AUGAAGAGCUCCCUUGCUCUUACUAGCCUGAUGGGUGCCACUGCCCUUGGUCAGACAUUGACUACCUCCAUGAUUGAGUCUAUGGGCAACAACACACUUUUUACUCGUUGGCGUCCCCAAAACCACUUCAUCGCUCCCGCCGGAUGGAUGAACGAUCCUUGUGGUCUCAUGUACGAUCCUACCGAGGACCUUUACCAUGCCUUCUACCAAUGGCACCCUGAACACAUCAAUUGGGGCAACAUUUCGUGGGGUCAUGCAACCUCCAAGGACAUGAUCUCCUGGUCAGAUGUUGGUGGCUGGGAGGGCACUGAUGCUCUUGCUAUGGGUCCUUCGGGCAAUGGUAGCUACAACGGCCUCGGUAUCUUCUCUGGUACUGCCCAGCCUGUCAACUUGACUGGUGGUGUCGAUGGAACUCUCCUCGCCUUUUACACUUCUGUUUCCAAGCUUCCUACGAGUUGGAGUAUUCCCUACCAGAAUGGAACCGAGAGCCAAAGUCUUGCAAUGUCCACCGAUGGUGGCAAGACAUGGCAGCAGUAUGAGAACAACCCUGUUAUCGAGGGCCCUCCUGGUGAUUGGAACAUCACUGGUUUCCGUGAUCCCUUUUUCGAGCCUCUGCCCGCUCUCGAUGCCAUUCUCGGUGCCGAUUCGCCUCGGUACUACGCCGUCUUUGGUAGUGGAAUCAAGGGCGUCGGUCCUCGUAUGCCUCUCUGGAGUGCACCUGCCUCAGACCUGACAAACUGGACUUUCCACGGCUCUCUUUUUGAGCCCGCCGCAAACACCUCCCUUGGCCCCGUACUAUCUACUGGCUCUUACGGCUACAACUUCGAGGUCUCUGGCUUCUUCACUUUGCCCGAUGAGGAUGGCCACCUACACUACUUUGUCAACAUGGGAUCCGAGGGUGGUAAUGUUUCGUUCCAUGAGUCUGCUCACUGGGCUCUUUGGAACGAAGGUCACGUCACUCGCCGCGCUAACGGCUCUGCUCAGUUCACUCCUAUCUCUGGAGGUGCUGGUGACUGGGGCAACCUUUACGCUCUUUCCAGCUUCAACGACACCAAGAAUGACCGCCGUGUCCAGUACGGAUGGGCACCUGAAGACAUCACCGGUGGUGACGGUCUCUUCUCUGCCAAGCAGCAGGGCUUCCAGGGUGCUCUUUCUCUGCCUCGUGAGCUCUUCGUCCACACUGUCAAGAACGUCGUGAACAUGGACGGUGUCCUCGGCGAGAUGGGCAACUCUUACCUCACUCAAAAUCUUGACGGCAGCUUCACUGCCCAGACUCUCGGUGUCAGACCUCUUGACGAUGUCGUCACUGGUCUCCGCAAUGGUUCUAUCCAACACAGCUUCCCCGGUCGCACUUUCAAUGGCAGUCACACUCUUGCUGCUAAUGGAAGUGCUCACAUGGAACUCAGUGCCGUUGUUUCCAGCGCCACUGGACCUUGCGGUGUCAGAGUCGGUGUCAGCCCUGACGGUCGUGAAUACACCACCAUCUACUACGAGCCCGCCAACAACACCAUUGUCGUUGACCGUAGCCACUCUUCUCUGCUCGAUGGCUUUGCCAACUCUUCCGUCAUUGGCUACUUCUACCCUUACACCACUCAGAGCGAGUUUGGCAACGCUACACAAGAGGCUCUUGCUUGGGACAUUUUCGUCGAUGGCUCUCUGGUCGAGGUCUACGUCAACGAGCGUUUCGCUCUUACCACUAGAAUCUACCCUAGCAUGGAGAGCAGCACUGGUGUCGGUGUCUACGUUCCCAGCGGCUCCUCUGCCACUUUCGACAGCAUUGACAUGUGGUCGACUCUUUACAAUGUCUUCCCCGAGAGACCUCUGAACUCUUCAAGCCAGCUUGUCUGGGACACUGUUGAGCAGACCAACAACCGCACUUGGUGGACUGGUAACUAA